AUGUCGUUAUUCUAUUUAAAGUCCCGCGCUUCCAUCAAGGCAUUGGCUUCCAAGUCAUAUCUUGCUCGAACUUGCGCUUAUAGCUCAGCCUCGGAUCAAGCUGUGACUUUCUCAUUCAGUGACACUUCCUUUGAAACCCACAAAUGCGAUCCUUUGCCUACUUCUACAACUGCUACUCGUUCAGAGUUGCUUGCAUUUUAUGAAAAUAUGGUCCUUAUUCGUCGUCUGGAAACUGCUUGUGAUAAUGCAUACAAGGGAAAGUUGAUCCGAGGAUUCUGUCAUCUUUCUACUGGUCAAGAAGCUAUUGCUUCUGGUAUGGAAGCUGCAAUCACAAAAGCCGAUUCAAUCAUCACUGCAUACCGCUGUCAUGGAUUUACUAUGAACCGUGGCGGCACACCUACUGAAAUCAUUUCCGAGCUUAUGGGUCGUCGAGCUGGAUCAUCAAAAGGAAAAGGCGGUUCGAUGCACUUGUUUGCUCCCGAGUUCUAUGGUGGAAACGGCAUUGUUGGUGCACAGGUUCCUGUUGGUGCCGGUAUUGCAUUGGCACAUCAAUACCAAAAAAAAGAUGCAAUGUGUUUCUCCAUGUACGGAGAUGGUGCUGCCAAUCAAGGUCAAGUCUUUGAGGCAUACAAUAUGGCCAAACUAUGGAAUCUUCCCGUAGCAUUUGUAUGUGAAAACAAUAUGUAUGGUAUGGGUACUCCUGCUGGGCGUGCCGCUGCUUCCACAAAAUACUUUACUCGUGGAGACUAUGUUCCAGGUGUUCGUGUUGAUGGUAUGGAUGUUCUAGCUGUUCGUGAAGCAUGCAGAUAUGCUCGUGAUUGGACAGUAACACAAGCCAAGGGCCCUAUUGUUCUUGAAAUGGUCACAUAUCGUUAUGGUGGUCAUUCCAUGUCUGAUCCUGGAACUACCUACCGCACACGUGAAGAAAUUCAGCGCAUGCGAUCUACAAGUGAUUGUAUCAACUUGCUCAAAGAAAAGAUUCUUUCAACAAAUUCUGCAACAGAAGAUGAACUAAAGGCCAUUGAGAAAAAGGCAAGAGCCGAAAUUGAUCAAGCCGUUGAGGAGUCCAAGGCUUCUCCUGAGCCUGAUAUGUCAGAAUUAUUUACCGAUGUGUAUGCAAAGGGUACUGAACCAGAGUAUCUUCGUGGACGCACUCCAGAUGAGAUUCAUUACUACUAAGUAUGAAUUGUCAUUUCAAACUAGUUUGCUGAUCAAUACUACUGGAAACAAGUUUUCAAAUCACAUUUUAUUGGUGUGCCUUUGCUCAAUAAAUUACAGCCGUAUUCACGU